CUUGUUGCUUGUCAGUGUCCCUGCCCAGUCACAGCCUGGGGAGACCUGGAUCUUCAUCUCAGUACUGCCUCCCUCCCUCACUGGCCAUGAGCACCUGGUCUGACACGCCCUCUCUGUACCUCAGAUUUGGGGGCAAAAUGGGAUUUAUGCCACCAACCUCAUCUGGGACUCUUGGAAAGGACAGGGGUGAUGGAUGUGAAGUGCUGAGUGCUUGAAGGUGGCAGAGAGGGGAAAGCUGGUCAGCAUCAGGUCCUCGGACUUCUGGGGGAGGAUGGAAAAGCCAGUUGCUCUCUGGGCCAUGCCUAGGGAGGGCAUGGGGAAGGUCCCAGGACAGCUGUGGGGAAGCUUUUCUCUCUUCCCUUCGCUUCAUUCCUCUCCAUUCGGGAACAGAGCAAAUCCCUGGACCUUGCCAUUCAGCCCAGGCCUCCCUCACCUGGGAAUGCCCUCCAGCUACAAUCCAGGGCCUAGUCUCUCGUUGGCCUCAGAUUUGCUGUGGACCUAGGACAUGCCCUUCCACUUUUCUGCGCCCCGCUCUGUAGAAAUCUGCCCACAGCGCCUCUUCUGUGGGACCGUCGACUCAGCAAGAGGACAUGCACGAGAGCGCACAGUGUGCACGCAGGCAGGACAGUAAGGGACACCUUCCCUUCGUCAACACUCCUGCUGGUCGUACCUUCAGCCCUCCGUCCGACCUUCUGUAAUCUGGAGCUCCCCCGGCCACCCACGAACCACUCCUGUAUUGGCUGCAACCUGCCCGUAUUCUAGAAUCUUGUCCCCUCCUAUGCCCUCAUGGUUCUAGCAUCCCACCACAAUUCCGGACCAUCCACUCUAGAACCAGAGGGGUCCGCUGCUUCUCCCGAACAGCGCUGGCUUGCCCAGGUUCCACCAUCUGACUGGAGUCUACGCAGCCCCCACGAUGCGGUGGCGGGACCGGCUGGCUGUGCUCUUCUUCCCACAAGGCAUGGUGCUGACUGCGGCUGCCUUCACGCUCUUCUUCAUACACCUCGGUGUCUUUGCCAGCGACGUGUACAACUUCUGCGUCACCCACCACUAUGACCGCAUGAGCUUCCACUACACGGUCGUCCUGAUGUUCACCCAGGUGAUCAGCAUCUGCUGGGCCGCCAUGGGGUCACUCUACGCUGAGAUGACAGAUGACAAGUUUCUUCGGUGCUUUGCCCUGACCAUCCUAACACUAAAUGGACUCCUGUUCUUCAACCGCCUGUCCCUUGAGUUUCUGGCCAUCCAGUACCGGCAGGAGAACCACUGAGGCCUGAAGACUGGGUUGAGAAGGGGGAAGGAAAAGGAGGCUUCGGUGUUUUAAUAAAGUCUGUUGUUUAUUUC